AUGCUUUAUGGAUGGACGUCACCACCACGACCAGCAGCUCCUCGACCGGCUCCUCCACCUGUACCAGCACUGCCGAAAAUUACGACUAAAAAACAUGAACCAUCUCCGUCAUUGAAGUCAACAAAAUCACAGCCAGAAGAAGAUGCUUGGACACAAUUUAAAAAACUCACGGAAAAAACAAAUAUUGCAGUAAAAACAACGGAGGAAAAACUAAAGGAAUUAAGCAUAUCAAGCGCUGCUCAGGAUAUUAAGGAUGAAAGCUAUAUUGCACAAAUUGGGUUGCAAUACCGAGUCCAACAAGAGAUCAGUGGUCAUAUAGGGACAAGGAAUGGCAAAUCUGGUAAGAGGAUUAAACCGCAGAAUGAAAGGAAAUCUAGCUUGGAUGCUACACCCGCUGAACAGUCCAAUAUGGACAAAGCAGCUGAAGAAUUGGCUAAAAAAAUGGCAGCACUAAGACCAGAAUUACAAGAUUACGAUCCGUUUGUUGUAAAGUCUGCAAAAGAGUUCGUGGAAGAAGCUAAAAAUAGAGCUGCUACUGAAGCAGUUGCUACCGAAGUGCAAGACGAUCUUAAUCGAAAAAGUGCUUCGAGCACCCCUACACAGGAAGGUGGUAGUCCAUCCAGCUCCCGACCUGCAGGCUUUGAAGAUGAGUUUCAAGUUGAGGACGAUGCAAUGAGUACAUCUAGUCCUUUGUAUGACGAAGACGAUAGUCAAGAACUCACCGAGUUUCCAGCUAAAUUCGUUGGAGAAGGGUGGAAUUUAAUGAUUCGAUAUCCUAUUAAAAAGAAGAUCAUGGGAGAUAGAUACUGGAAAACAUGUUUUGUAAAAUUGCUGGAGAAUAUGUUACAAAUAUACGCAUCUCGAUCUGAUCAAAAACCUAUUCUUGAGAUUUUACUUCAGGCGACUUACUCUCUUUCUGAUACUACGUUGCAAGCCUAUGACAUUUAUGGCAAAAUUCAUACUGUUAAAUUGCAAUAUGUCUUAUAUAAGGAAAAAGUAGGAAUAAGGCCAGGUCAAAUUUCACGCCUGGUGGAAGGACAUAUUACAAAAUACGGUCUUCCUCUUGAACACUCUGCUCAGUGUACCAUUUUGCUAAAAUUCGGAUCGUUAAAUGCCAUCGAACUGUCGACGUUUGUUACUACAAUAGAGGAUGUCCUGUUUAAAUGUGUUGCCAAAAGAGACACGGUUCCACUUUAUAAACAAGAUGAGAUUCAGAUCCACUGUUAUGACGAAUAUUCUGCAUAUGUGGAUAAAAAUAAUUUACUAAUCGACCAAAAAGCCCGUGUUAGAUUAUUUUGCUUGGCUUUUGUGUCAGGUUCGCCUUAUCUUGAAAUCGGUCUAAAUGAUCGCAGAAGACAAGGAAAGGAAAUUGUGCGGAGAAAAGACAUUCUUCCAAUGUACACCGAGCGUUGGAUACGGUUCGAAAAUGUCGAAUUCCACAACACAGUUGAUACGACGACAUUUGAAUCGGAACAUGUCAUUAAGUUUUCGCCUCCCGAUGGAUGUUUUUUUGAAGUAAUGCGUUUUCGAGUGCGACCACCAAAGAAUCGCGAAAAGCCUCUAUCAGUGAAAUGUUUAAUGAAAAUAGCUGGCUCAAAAAUAGAAAUAAGGAUUACUGCAAUGGCUGCAGCCCAAGCAGAAAAAUCUAAAGGAGGAAAGUAUAGCAAGCGCCAAGUUCCAUGCGAAGAUAUACAGAUUAGAUUUCCUAUACCUGAAGCCUGGAUAUACCUUUUCAGAGAGGAACGUCAUUGGGGUGUCGGUUCAGUUCAUGCAAAGGUUCGAAGACCUGGUAAAGUGAAGAACCUGAAAGAUAGGUUGAUGGGUGCUGUGCAAAAUGUGGAAGAUUCAUUAAUCGAAGCAGCUAUCGGCGAUGCAAAGUAUGAGCAUGUAUAUCGGGCUCUUGUAUGGAGGAUACCUCGUCUUCCAGAAAAGCAUCAUGGUGCUUAUAAAGAACAUCUAUUACGCUGUCGUUUUGAGCUUUCAUCGUUUGAUUUAAUGCCGGAAGCCUUUCUUCCAACAUGUGAUGUCGAAUUUACAAUGCCGUUGGCUAUGAUCAGCAAUACGGUUGUUCGGUCUGUUAGUGUUGAGCAACAUGACGAUAGUGAUCGAGUUGAAAAAUUCGUGAGAUACGUUGCUAAAUGUAGUUACAAGUUUGAAAUCGAUUACAUUCAAUGCAGCGAUUUGGACAUGGAUACAAUUAUGGACCAGACCUUUGUCAAUCCGAAAUUUUCUGACGCUGGUAUUCCUCAUCUGCACAAACCUGCUUUUAAUCCGAAUGAGAUCAAUGAUUUACAUGGAGGAUAUGGUAUUGAUUUCACUGAUACUGAGAUGGGAAAAGCAAGACCUGAAGAUAAAAAUGUCGAUUCCAGUAGCGACGAGGAAGAAGAGAAAAACAAAAUGCCUAUCAUACAGAUUGAUAUGAAAAACUAUGGAUAUUAG